AGAUAAGUCAUAAGAGAGGAGAGGCUCCUCUUUCACAAAUCAGAACCCUAGCUUCCUUUCCAUUUUUCUUUCCUCUCUCAACAAUUUUCGCCGCCGACCCUCUCUUGCUUUCCUCUCAAGAGAUCUUGUUGUCUCUUUUAUGAAUGUAGCCUGUAGAAAUUGUCUUUCUCGAUGGAAGGUACAACUUCUGGAACUAAAUCAGUAGUGAUUGACAACCACCAUCCGAUUGUGCCAACAGAAUCUCAACAACAAGAAGCAGCCCUAAAUUACAAAUUUCCCCCGUCUUCUUCCGCCAGUCGACACCGCACUCCGCCGGAAUCUCUCACGGCGGCGAUCUCUUUCUCCGGAGGAUUUUAAGUUGUUCUAGUGUAAAAUACAAGCUUUACCAAGUGGUUGAAGUCCAAAUUAGCUGAGUUCUUGUGCAUUAGCACAACACGCAUAUGAAAUUCUGAUCAAGCUAGCAUCAUCUGCAAUUCAUUGAUUGGAAAGUGAUAUCUUAAGCAUGAAGCUCAUUGCACGGUUAAGACCCAUCCAAACCUGUACAGCUCUUCUUGAAAUUAUAGGGCCUCUGCAGUCCCGUUCAUUUCAACCUGAUUUUGUUCCCAGAGAUCCCAAUGCCAAGCCCAUAAGGUACAAAUAUCCUGCUGCCUAUGAUCCAUAUGGCCCUAGACCCCCACCAUCAGACAAGAUAGUUCAGCUUGCUGAACGUAUUGCUGCUUUACCCCCAGAAGAACGUAGACAAAUUGGUCCUUCAUUGAGGGAGAUACUAAGGCACCCUAAUUUGAAACAAAUUUCAGUAGAAGGCAUGGAUUUGGGUGCAAUGGGAGGAGCAGGUGGUGGACCGGCAAAGGCUGAGGAGAAGAAGGCAGAGAAAACAGCAUUUGACGUCAAGUUGGAGAAAUAUGAUGCAGCUGCAAAAAUCAAGGUGAUCAAAGAGGUUCGAUCCUUCACGAGUCUAGGUCUGAAGGAAGCCAAGGACCUGGUCGAAAAGGUUCCUGCUAUACUUAAGCAAGGAGUAACCAAAGAGGAGGCUAAUGAAAUAAUAGAAAAGAUCAAAGCUGUUGGAGGAGUUGCGGUUAUGGAGUAAUAACUUCUGUUGGAUUUAGCAGGUUCCCUUAUCCUGCCAUACUUCUUUUCAUAAGGGAACAUGCCAAUUAACAUAAUUUCUGUUUGUUAGAUUUUGUUUCUUGGAUUAGGACAAUUACGUUUUGUUUAGUAGGUUCUGUGGAAUUAACUGGCUUUUAACAGCUUAAAACCAUUACACCAUAUGGUCAUGGUGAUCAUAAAAUUUUGUAUCUGAUCUUGCUGCUAGACUGUCAAGAAUUCGAAAAUAAGUUCUCUCUUAUAUAUAUAUAUAUAUAUAUCUGAUGACAGGUUACAUCUUUCUUGGAAUCAAGCAAUGAAGUUGUGCCGUUUGCACUGUAAAUUUAGAAAUUUUGACUUUAUAAAUAGUGACUAUAUAAAUGUGUUAUAGUU